UAUAGUUUGCACAUCUGCUCUGCUAUGAAUGUUUCCAAGAUGAAGUUUCAAGCCACCUUUUCCAUGGCUGCUCUUCUCAGCAUUUGCACUUGUGUCCCUAUCUACCAGCCACAAAUUGGACUAAUAGCGAGUAACAGUAAUGAGAUUUUACGUCUCAAUGGUCUCACCCUGGCAGGCAUGGGUUUGGGUCCAGCACAGGGUUCUCCAUUUUUCUCUCCAUUCCUGAUCCAGCAGCAGCCUCCACAGGUGCUGAAUUUUAACCCUGGGAUGCAGGGACCCUUCCUGCCCCCUCAGAUUAACCCCGCUCAGAUCCCUCCACUGCAGCAGGACCCAUCUCUGCCGGCUCUUGGUCCCAACAAUGGCAUACCCGCACAAAACCCUCCUCCGGGCUUUCCGUUCUUCAUGACGAAUUUGUAUCCUCUGAGGACUCCUGUACGGCUGAUGCCCAACAUUGGACCCAACAUUCAAGGCCAGGCUACACUGCAACCAGUUCAACCAAUGCAACCAAUACAACCAAUGCAGCCAAUGCAGCCAAUGCAACCAAUACAACCAAUCCAGAACAGGGGGAAUUUGGCAGACCCGAAAGUAACGUCUGCGCCUGAAUACCGUGGUGAUCGACCCGGUCCUGGAACUGGAGAGGGGAAUCCAGGCUUCCCGUUAUUUGAACCAUAGAAGACUGCAUUAAUAAAAGAUUUCUCAUCAUGGAGACCCCUCACAGGAGACUUUUAUUUGGAUUUUU